UAAAACUUUUUAUUGCUUCAUAACUAAUUAGAAUUAUAUCAUAAAAUCCAUUACAGGAAAUGGCUCGUCUAAGGAUCUUCAUUUCAAUGAUUUGCUUACUGCUUUUGAUUCUUGGUUUCGUCUUGCAAUCAUGUGAAGCUAGAAAGGUUCUAGUGCCUUACAAUACAAGCAAGGGUUUGUUUCUUAGUGCCCUACCCAAGGGAAAUGUACCACCCUCGGGUCCAAGCGACAAGGGUCACACUUCUCCUCCGGAUGACUCCGAUCAGCGCAUGGUACCGGAAAACCCACCGGAGAUUUACCGUCGACUUGGAUCAGUCCCUAGCCCCGGCGUGGGUCAUUAG